GUGAGCCGGCCUCGAGUAAGCCUGAGGGCGCUCCGCUGCCAGGAUGGCUGCCAGCCUGCCCUUCUUUGGCAGCAAGGGCGACGCGGGCCCGUCCACGUCAACUGCCGCGGCCCCCUCGGCGGCCGGCGGGUCGGAGACGCUGCUGCUCUUCGUGCGGCUCUCCGACCCGCUCAAGCCGCCGCGGAGCGUGUACUGCCCGGGCUCGACGACGGUGCGCUCCUUUUGGGAGGGGUGGGUGGCGCCGCUCCUGCGAGGCCGCGCCGUGCCCCCGACCGGCCUCCGCUUCCUCGUCGCCGGCCGCACGAUAGAGCCGGACUGCUGCGCGCGCCUCGUCGACGUCGGCGUCUCGCACCUCUCCACGAUCGAGGUGGCGGGGCGGCUGCCAUCGCAGGGAUUCUCGCGGCUGCACCAGCUGCUCGAGAACCUCGUGGAGACGCUCGCGCCGGUGGCCUCCGCCACCGCCGGCUCCGGGGGUGGAGGCGGCGGGAAGGACCCGCCCGCGGACGACGAGCCCUCACACUCGCUCGCCUCGCGCGAGCCAAUCAUGCACGCCAUCGACACCGAGAUCGGAGACCACCGCGCCGCCGCGCGCUGCUGCGGCGGCGGCACCUCGGCCUCGCCCUGCCACUGCAUGGCGUGCACCCUGCGCCCCAACUCGGCGCUCCGGCUCUGCGGCACGCUCCUGCACUCGAACGACGUCCUCCUCGCCGACGAGGGCCACCGCUGGCUGUACGACGCCGUCGUCGACGCCCUCACUCCCGAGGGCGUCGCGGUUGCCGCGCUGCUGACGCUGCGCUUGCACCCGCUGCUGUGGCAGCACCCCACCAAGAAGCAGACGCUCCUUGAGAUGGCCGCGCGCGCGCCGUCGCCCGAUUUGCUGCUCUGCCUCAUGCCCGCCCUGCACCUCUCGCGGCAUAAAGCCCUCGCUGGCGGCGCCGCCCUCUCCGCCCGCCUCCUCGCUGACGGCCGCCUCGUCUUCCCCCGCAGGCUGGCCUCCUCGGGGGCGCUCCAGGCCGUGUCGAUGGCGUCGUACAAGGCGCUGCACGCGAUGGCGCUGCACGGGCGGCACGAGCUGCUCUCGCUCCUCCUCGGAUCGGGCGCAAUCUCCGCGCAGCACGUGUCGCUGCUGCUCGAGACGGCGCUGCAAAAGAAGGGCAAGCAGCCUCUCACCGAGCGGGUGGCCGCAGAGAUGGUCGCCGCCGGCCACUCGUCGGCCGCCGUCGUGGCGAUGCUGCUCGACCUGUCGCUGCACGACACGGAGGGCGCGCUCGACCUGGAGGCGGUGGGGCUCGCGCUCGCCGAGGCGUGCGAUUUCAACAACGACGAGGCGAUGGAGCUGCUGCUCCUGCGCUGGAAGGGCCGCUGCGCCGCGUCGCAGGCCCAGCCGCUCGUGCGAGCUUUCUCGGCACGCGGCGACGCCGAGCGCGUGGAGCGGCUCCUCGCCACCGGCAAGGGCGGCACGGCGAUGGUGCGGAUGGACUCGGCGCAGCGCUCGGCGCUCGCGCGCGCCGGCCUCGCCCACGCCGCUGGGUCGGCAGAGCAGAGGACGCGGGUGCUGCGCACGCUCCUCGCGGCGGGUGCCGACGCAAAGUCGGAGCACGGCGAGGCGGCGCUGCGCAAUGCGGCGCGCGACGGGCACGCCGAGGCGAUGGAGCUGCUCCUCGGCAUGGGCACGAACGUCAACGCCGUCGACGAGGACGGCAAGACGGUGCUCUGCGUGGCGGCGCAGUCCGGCGGCUGCGCCUCGGUGCACACGCUGCUCGAGCACGGCGCGCAGGUGCGGAUGCGCUGCCCCGACGGGCGCGAGCCGCUCGACUUCGCUGUCGACGAGUCGGUCCGCGCGCUGCUCCUGGCAGAGGUGGAGAAGCUGCGGAUGGGCUUGCUCGACGAGCUGCUUGCGGAGGAGGAGUUGGCUGCGGCGUCUGCCAAGGGCGGCGGAAAGUCCAAAUCGAAGAAGGCCAAGAAGGCGGAGAAGGCCGAGCAGAAGGCGAACGGAGAGGCCGGGGCGGUCCACUCUGGUGGUGGCGGGUGCUCGCUGCUCGACGUGGCGGUCAGCGUGCUCGGCGGCGGCAACGGCGCCUCUCCAAAGGCCAUGCGCCUCUCCUCCCUCAUCUCGGCGCUCUACGAGCGCUCCGCCAGCUUCAAGGAGGAGAUCCGCAACGCGGGCGGAGCCAAGUCAUGGCUCACGCUCCACUCGGACGCGUUCAUCCUUGACACCGACGGCCCCGCCGGCCAGGAGUCUGUCAAGCUGAGGACCCGGCCAAAGGACGCCGCCGCGCCGGGAGGCAACCAGCCCGUCGAGCGCGCGCAGUCGGCGUCGGGCCGCUUCGGGGCCAUUGGCUCUGGCGCGCGGGGCGCCCCUGGCGGGGACGACGAGGCCCUCCUCGCCGAGGUUGCAGAGGCGGACCCGCUCGGCAUCGAGAAGAAGAUCCGCGCCAUCCAGAAGAAGCUGCGCCGCGUGCAGGAGAUCGAGGAGCGGGCCGCACGUUCGCUGCCGGUCGACGGCGAUCAGCUGAUGCUGCUUGGCUCCAAGCCUAAGCUGCAGCGAUCGCUCCGGCUGCUGCUCGACCAGUGGGCUGUCCUCGAGCCGCGCCUCAUCGAGCAGCAGGCGCAGCGAAUGGCUGCGCUGGCGAACUCGGAGUGCGCCGUCUGUUUGGAGGAGUACUCGUCUGCCUUCAGCGCGAUUCGGACAUCGUGUUGCGGCUACCACUUCCAUAAGACGUGCUUGCAGCAGUGCAUCGAGUCCAAGGGCCACUGCCCGAUUUGCUUUGCCGACAAGACGCAGUGCCGCGUAGUCGAGCAACGUGUGCGCUCGGGCCACACCCAGUGAGGGCAGCGGUGGCGGCCCGUUUUGGGGGCGCGGCGAUUCCGUGAUGAGGAUGUAUCUCGCUGCCACUAGAGAAGUCUUUGGCCGUGGUGUGUGAUGCGCACCAGCCCAUGCCUCUGUGCCUUCAUCUCUGGGGGUUCUGCGCGAGAGGCAAACCCUGUGUGCAUUUAUGAUUUCUGGAGAGGAGGAAAAAAGAGCGC